AUCUCUUUCUCUAAAAAUGCCCGUUGUUGCUGGUCCUCCUCAAGGGCAUGGCCCCUCUACCAUUGACAAGAUGAAGAUGGGUGCUAUGAUGGGUUCCACUGUGGGUGGCAUCAUGGGAUUUAUCAUUGGAACUGUGACCAUUUUCCAAUAUGGUGCUGGACCUAAUGGCGUUAUGCGUACUUUGGGAAAGUACAUGCUUGGAUCCGGGGCAACUUUUGGCCUUUUCAUGUCCAUCGGCAGUGUCAUCCGUUCUGAAGGCCCUCACAACGAUGCCUGGCUUCGUGCUCGUGGACCUCCAAUGAUGCUUCCCCGUCAGCACCCUCUGCAGCGCAUGCGCCAAUAAAUCAACAGUCAAUAGGGUGCGCACCCGUCACAGGUUACAGCACGUGCACCCAAUCAAACAAUUGUACAAUAGCAUAUACCUAAACCAGAUGGUUUCUAUGACUGAACAAGAGGCAUGGAAUCGGUGGUGGAAAACAGUCGUAUAACACAAGGAGGCAAGCAUGCAGGAAGGGUUUACAGUGUAUAUACAUGGAACAUUGGAAUGGGUUGAAAGUGGACCCAAUCCAGCAAGCGGCGUCUUUUGGUGUUAUGCGAGGUUAAUUUAUUAAUGAGGAACUGUCACGAACCCGUGCCAAUGUAGCCUAACUGAGGGCAUUUGUAGCUUAGCAAAAGGGCCAUUCACAUAAAAAGGGAGUAAUCUUUGAGCCCCUGUACUCGAUUUUGCACAUGAUAUGUAUCCUCAGGGUUUCAUCCGUAAGUAUCUGAUCUUUGUCACCUAUGAGUAUUUUUGUUAUACUCAAAAUCGACCGCAACCUUGGG